AUGUCUACGAGUCUUGACCAUUUUUGUGAUUUUUACCUCUACCCCACUUUGGCUUUUUCCAGGCGACAUCUCGUACUUCUCGCCGGCGAUGCCAUCAGGCUCAUUGCCCUGGCCAUCCGAAGCCAGGACUCAAGCACAAUAGACGUGGCAAAAUUGUAUCUCACCGUCUGUCAGCAGCAGUGUCGUGCAGCUCUGUUAGAAUCGAUUCGAGUGCGGACCCCAGAUGGUUUGAGGGAUCCUCCGCACAACUGGCCACAACUAUUUAGUCCUAAAUCAUGCCUACGGGAUCUUCGCUUGCUGCAAGUUGUGCCUUGCCCUCCGGAGAGUAUGCUCGAGGCACUCAUGCGGUGGGUCAAUAAGGCCCGCUUUAAGGGUGUGGAUGGCACAUCCUGGAAUCUUUGUUGUACGCCAGCAGAAUUGUGUGACACUAUUCUUCAGGUUGCUUCUCCACCAAUUGAGCCAGAUUCCUCGUCUACCGGCUUUGCCAGUCGUGAUGAAAUCAUUCCCAGCUGUCUAAAUACUUUUCUCUCCCUUCACUCUGGUGCCAACGUUGAUUUCAUGGCUGAAUCAGCCUUGCUGCGCCUGGCUGAGUUUGUACCCACCCGUCUUAUUUUCUUAAGUCGUGCUCUCCACAUGAAAGAUGAGGCAAAAGCUCUCGGUGGCAUCGGUCUGAUAUGCCGAGUGUUUCGACGUCUGUACGUUCAUCUCUUUUUGCUGCACCCUUCACUGGGGCUGCGCCUAUUGCGCGAAGAGUCCCCUUCAGGUACCGGUAUCAUUCGUGGCACCCUUUUUACCCAUUUAAAGGACAUACACAGUGCAGUUGCAGACUGCCUCGCCAGACUUCGGAACUCUUAUGCCUCUUUAGUCUCGGCCGGGGCCUGUCUCUCUGCCCUGCACCGCUUGCGUUGCGCCGCUGCUUAUAGCUCCUCGGACGGCGUGUCGAGAACGAUCAACUUCUGUUGUUCCCACGGUAACGCUGUUAAUCCCCUGGAUGAGGGCCGCUCUCGUCUCUUCGACUCUGCCGUCCAUGCUCGGCAAAACGUGGCGCGCAUUUUGCGGGAGGAGCUCACUCCGAGCUUGCUGCGACUGUUGUUUGCCGUGUCUGGUGCCUACAAUCAUCUCGUAUGGGUCGUGAUGAAUGAUCUUGUUAUGUUCCGCUCGAAGCGCGGCAUCAAGUUGCAGACGCAGUGUGUUUCGUCACGAAGUAAUAAUGCCUGUUGGCUUAUGAAUACCGGGCUGUCGACACUGAAUUUCUUGGAUCGUACCGUUACCGAAAACCCCAACCUCUGGUGCAGUGGCUACCGUGAUGUCUUGAAAGUGUGCAAGGCGCAGUUCCUUGUGUUGAAACAGCCUGGUCUGCUUGACGAAAUGAACAAGUUGCUGGUUCAGUUGAAAGAUUUCCGAUGCAGUCUACAUAAAACACGCAACAACCUGACCAAAUUAUGGCUUCCCUCCUUCCGAGGAAACCUGCAGGAUGAGGAGGUGGAUUGUCGUGCUGAUCACGAUAUAAAGCUAAUGACAACUAUGUUGCAGUACCAGUUUGACCUGGUGGAGAAGUGGUCCCGUUCUGUGAAUAACGUGGAACUGCCUCCUGUGGCUCGCAACAUGGCGAACAUUAUACUGCGUCUGGCUGAUCAGGAGGGACGCAAGACAUUUAGCCGCCUCAACGGUGCCGUUCCAGAGACACUGGAGAUUCCCUAUGGAUCAAAAAAUUCCCAAAGGAGCGACUGGUUUAGUCGCCCGUUUGAGUUACCUUUUUUGUGCGAAUGGCCUCCGGGUCAGCCGACUGUAAAAGUACCCUCACCCUGCGACCGAGAGUCUGAUAAAGAUCUUCCUGUUAUCAAUCUGGAGUCUCCUGUAAGACCGGUUUUGGUUGACGAAGUUCAACAUGAGAGUACGCCCGACCUCCCCUCCACAACCUCUUUCACCUCAAAAACGGAAAUCGAGAAGUUUGACAGCAAGGGGAACGAGGAGACAUUGAACGCCAGUACCAAACGGCAUGUUUCCAUCAAGACUCCAUUGAUGCCGGAAACUGGAACAGAAACAAGUGCUCCUACUGCCUUCACGCUGCCAACUUACGCCCUGUCCUCUGUUGUCGACAGACGUUUGCUUGGUAGGCAAAAUCGCAUGCAAAAGAUGCGGGCCAAAGAGCAUGAGCUAAACGACCCCAUGGAGACUGUCCCGCUCACUUCUAAUCCUCGCAAGUCCUCCACACUCACCCCGGCCGGGCUGGCUGCACGCGGAAAGAGAAUGAGGAAUGGCUCUGUAAAUUCAACUUAUCGUACGAAGCGGCUCCUUCUAAACAAGCCGACUGAGACAUUUAACGAUGGUGAUCUUUCCGAUGUUGUUGCUGUCAACGCGGUAGACAAUUCGGCGGCGCAGAUGGGCAUACUGCCUUUGUCAGCGCAGUCUCAGGAGGUCACUGUGUCUGGCGUUCAGUCUGGUUACCUUUCAGGUGACUACAGCGGUGAGGUUUUUGUUCGUCCACCUCCAGCUGCCGAUGAAACCUUCCCUUCCACGAUCGAUUUGACACUAGAGGAUUAA